GCAGAAAAUGCAGCGCUCAUUCCUCAGACAAGCAUGUGCUCUUCGUGGGGCUAACUUUGCUAAGCUCUCACGCCCAGCUCUCGCUCGUACUUACGCUACAGCUAAGCCAGCUGCUUCAGAAGUUUCAAACAUCCUUGAGCAACGUAUCUCAGGCGCCGGUGCUGCUGGUGAUGUUCAAGAAACUGGACGUGUAUUGACCAUUGGUGACGGUAUUGCCCGUGUUUAUGGUCUCCGUAACAUCCAAGCCGAAGAGAUGGUUGAGUUCGCCUCAGGUGUCCGCGGUAUGGCUCUUAACUUGGAAGCUGACAACGUCGGUAUUUCUAUCUUCGGUUCUGACCGUGGUAUCCGUGAAGGUGACACCGUCAAGCGUACCGGUCAAAUCGUCGAUGUCCCAGUCGGUCCUGCCCUUCUCGGCCGUGUCAUUGACGCUCUUGGUAACCCAAUUGAUGGUAAGGGUCCAAUUGAAGCUGCUGAGCGUCGUAAGGCCUCAGUUAAGGCUCCAGGUAUUCUCCCACGUACCUCCGUCUCUGAGCCAAUGCAAACUGGUAUUAAGCCAGUUGACUCCAUGGUUCCAAUCGGUAGAGGUCAAAGAGAAUUGAUCAUUGGUGACCGUCAAACCGGUAAGACCGCUGUCGCUGUCGACACUAUCCUUAACCAAAAGAGAUGGAACAACGGUAACGACGAAAAGAAGAAGCUCUACUGUGUUUACGUCGCUGUCGGUCAAAAGCGUUCAACCGUCGCUCAAUUCGUCCAAACCCUCGAAGAAAACGACGCCAUGAAGUACUCAGUUGUCGUCGCUGCUACCGCUGCUGAAGCUGCUCCACUUCAAUACUUGGCUCCAUUCACUGGUGCCGCUGUCGGUGAAUGGUUCCGUGACAACGGUCGUCACUCACUUGUCGUCUUUGACGAUCUUUCAAAGCAAGCCGUUGCUUACCGUCAAAUGUCACUCUUGCUCCGUCGUCCACCAGGUCGUGAAGCAUACCCAGGUGAUGUUUUCUACCUUCACUCACGUCUUCUCGAACGUUCAGCUAAGAUGUCAGAAGCCAACGGUGGUGGUUCCAUGACUGCUCUCCCAGUUAUUGAAACCCAAGGUGGUGAUGUCUCAGCUUACAUUCCAACUAACGUCAUUUCUAUCACUGACGGUCAAAUCUUCUUGGAAGCUGAACUCUUCUUCAAGGGUAUCCGUCCAGCCAUUAACGUCGGUCUUUCCGUCUCACGUGUCGGUUCAUCUGCCCAAACCAAGCUCAUGAAGUCUAUCGCUGGUUCCCUCAAGUUGUACCUUGCCCAAUACAGAGAAAUUGCAUCUUUCGCUGCCUUCGGUUCAGAUUUGGAUGCUUCAACCAAGUUCUUGCUUAACAGAGGUCAACGUCUUACUGAACUCCUUAAGCAAGGUCAAUUCGCUCCUAUGGAUGUUGCAUUCCAAGUCCCAUUGAUCUACGCAGGUAUCUCUGGUCUCUUGGACAAGAUCCCAGUUGAAGAUAUUACUCGUUGGGAAGCUGACUACUUGAAUGCACUUAAGUCACAAACUGAGUUGUUGAAACUCCUCGGCACUGGUCUUCCUUCAGACGAAACCAAGCAAGCUAUCGAAAAGAGCGUCAAGGAACACGUCGAGUCAUUCUUAUCAAAUUAAGCUUAGAAUGAAAUUGAAUUGAUAAUAACACAAAUUACAGCUCUUUCUUUUUACUUACACAAAAUGAAUAUGAAAUUUUUACCUGGCUUAUGGCGUGAGC